AUGAUUUUGAACUCCUACAUUCAAUUUAAAAACAGGAGGCUGAAACUGUUCAACCUGUCCUUGUCGGACUCAAUCAACUUUGAUGACUUCUUUAUCGCAAUCAGAAGGAUUUACGGUGAAAUUGCAUUCCUACAGCGACCCGCAUCCUCGAAGAAGCCCUUCCUUCGUAUUACAACUUCUUCCGGAAAAACGAUCGCGGAGAAUUUGUGGAAGGAUGCACCUCCAGUGGCCAUUGGUUGGACAACGGAGGACGAACUGGCUGUCGUUCAGAGGUCUGGCUACGUCACCCUACUCACCAUGAAUGCAACCUUCAAACGCCGGUUAAGCCUGGGCAAAGAAGCCGAAGCUGCUCAAAUUGUCGAGGCCAAGUUCUUCACUUACGAGAAUCAUACAGCCGUCGCCUGUCUGACGAAUAAUUCCCGCAUUCUCAUCGCGCCCAGUCUGGAACGGCAAAGAAUUCUGGCAAUCGCCGAUAUCCCGAACGCGGCACGACCCUCCUUCCUCUGGGAUGUUAUCUCCUCUCAGAACUCGAAUCCCAGUUUAAUCUCGGACGCUUUCAAGAGUCCUUGGAUACUUUUAGUCUUCUCAAGACAUAUCUUUCGCCUCGGAGUUGGCACCACCCACAAGGUGAUCAUUUGCGACUUAUACCUCUUUUUUACUCACCUCCACAACAAUGCUCCCUUUGGACAUCCUUCCUGA